UUUGGACCCUAUGGUUCGAGGUUCGAGCCCCGCCACCAGCACCCAACUUUGGUGGUAGGCAGAUUUCCUGACAUCAUGUUCAAUACUACGCAUAAUCUAGCGGGACCUUAUGUGGUUCACCACUCCAGGAUUGAGAUGAGUAAUCUCGAUGCCGAUUUCACAUCACCAACAGUUCCUGCAUUCCUGACCAAACUACGCCUCUUGGUGGAUGAUGGAGAAACCAAUGAUCUCAUCUAUUGGGACCAGGUAAAAAUUCCUUCAAGUCUUUUCACAUUUGUGACGGUAAUCGUUUGGCCAAAGAAAUUCUCCCGCUGUUCUUCAAACACAAUAACUUGUCCAGUUUUAUCAGACAACUUAAUAUAUGGGUUUCGUAAAGUGAAUCGAGUUGAUCCCAAUGUGGGUAUGAAAACCGAGUUGGAAGACAUGGAAUUCAAGCAUCCGUACUUUGUACGAUCCAAGCCUCAUUUGAUGAGUAAAAUUCAACGAAAACCGCACGUCUCCAUACCGGGCAGUUUUAUUUUCAACGGUCGCAAUGCCAACAUGUCCGUGCCAUCUUAUCUAGGUGGAGUUGGCAUGGGUGCACCCACAUUCACCGGUUUGAAUCACCCCUCUCAUGCAGCAACAGUGGCGGAUGUGGAACGUCUGUACACCAUGAUUCGCGGUUUGCGUUCGAAUCAGGAGACAAUGAACAAUCAGUUGACUCUAGUGCAAUCGGAAAAUCAACUAUUGUAUCGUGAAUUGGCCGAAUUGCGUGAACGUCAUGAACAACAAUCACAACUGAUUCAGACGGUAGGUUUAUCCCUUGUCCGAGGUACCCUAUCUAAUCAUCUGCUCUCCCUUUCCUUUCUGUGUAGCUGUUCACUUUCCUUUCAGCAUUUGCCAAAGACAGAAAAUCCCCCAAUUUUCGGUUUGGACCGAGCAAACGAAGAGCGCUCCCUUUUACCCCCUCGCACGUUUUCAGUACCCAACCACAUUCGGGGCUUAAGUUAA